CAACAGGGCUUCCGGGAGCUCAAGCCAACAACCACAUUCAACCCCCACCAUCACAACAAUAGAAGAGCAACAGUGACCAUAAUCAUGGCUGAAAUCAGUGAUGAUUCCCUCAUUUCAACCCAUCCCUCCACCUCGGGGCUGCAGAUUGCGCUACACCCGCUAGCGCUCUUGACCAUUUCAGAUUACAUUACAAGGCACACACUCAGAAAACAGACCGGUCCGAUGGUGGGCGCACUUCUGGGCACCCAGGAAGGUCGAGAUAUAGCUAUCGAACAUGCAUACGAAAUUAUCACUUUGGUGGAUAAGGAUCAGGUUAGGAUUGACGAAGAAUGGUUUGACAACAAGCUCAAACUCUUCAAGGAAACCCAUCCAACACUUGAUUUACUCGGUUGGUUUACAACCACUACUUCGCCUACCUUCGCCCCAUCACUGUAUAUGGUUCCUAUCCAUCAGAAGAUGCUAAACUACAACGAGUCGGCAAUUAUCCUCUGCCUCAAUCCUGCUCCAAACGCAUCGGCCGGUGGUGGUGGGAAGCUUCCGUUGGGGAUUUACGAGUCUAUUAUUGAAACCGAGGAUGCAGCUGCUGCCGGGUCUGUUGAGAGUAUGCUGAAACUUAGGUUUGUGCCGUUAAAGUAUACCAUCGAGACUGGCGAGGCUGAGAUGAUUGGUGUGGACUUUGUUGCCAAGGGUGGUUUUGGUAAUGCUACGGCUGAGUCUUCAGGAUUGGAGGGCACGGCGGAAGGAAAGUUGAAUGUGGGGACUCAGAAUGAUGAAUUAUUGGCGAAUUUAACUGCUAAGGCAAACGCCAUUCGCAUGCUCCACUCCCGGAUUCGCCUUUUAACAAACUACCUCUCCGACCCCCCCCAUAAGAAACCGAACCAUCAGCUCCUCCGCGCUUUGAAGUCUCUCACACAUUCCCGUCUCCCACUACUCACGCCAGCCGACGCUGGUGCAUUCCGCCAGGAGCAGCUUGCGGAGCAAUCUGACGUGCAUCUCGUGGCACUGUUGGGAGUCUUGACAAGGAGCAUCGAAGAAGCCCGUGGCGUUGGUAAGAAAUUUGCUGGAAUUGAAGCGACCAAUAAAGCAAACAUGAGAAUGGGGGGUUCGGGUGCUGCCGGUGAGCCAGCUGUUUGGGAGAACUAUGGGCCGCCCAAAGACCCUACGAGGAGGGGGAGACGCGAGAAUAGCAGUGGAGGUGGUUCGGCUCCUUUCGGGAAUUACCCCAGUAACUUUUAGUCUGUAGUAACCAUAGAUUACCCUUUUCUGCCCGGAAAUAUUAUAACGGGGUUCUAUUGGA